GACUUUACAGAAGGAGAAAGGAAGAGGCGGCGUGAUGCUUUGCAAUAAUCAUGCCUCUGCUAUUUAAUUAUGUUUUUUUCACAUCCUUCGCCAUGUGAGGUAAAGGCCUUAGCUGCAAUCACAUGCAAUCAUUAUUGAACGAAUUAUAUAAAAUCACAGCACAGAAAGUAGAAGCAUGAUCUGAUGAGAGAAACUUGUUUAAAGAUUCAACCUUUCUGUGGUGAAAAAGCCGAAUUUUAAGCUUAGAUCGAUGGACGACGACGGGGAAAGCAAGGCGACGGGCAUCGCGCAGAUUGUGAGCCUCAAGAAGUUCCUCCAGAAGUGGCAGACGGCCACGAUUGGGUCGAAGGGGGGCUGCAGCCCCCCUACGCAUCACGGGAUCUCGCCUGCGGUUACGAGGAGGCUGAGGACUUCGAACUCGUACGCUGAGUCGGAUGAGGACGGGUGCCAGAGCCCUGACCCGCCUGUGGAUGUCCCGAGAGGGUACCUUGCGGUGUACGUUGGCCCUGAGCUUCGGAGGUUCAUCAUCCCAACUAGCUACCUUAGGGAUCCCCUGUUCAAGGUGCUGCUGGAGAAGGCGGAGGAGGAGUUUGGGUUCGAUCACAGUGGCGGGCUGACUAUCCCGUGCGAGAUCGAGACGUUCAAAUAUCUCCUGCAGUGUAUGGAGUGUCACAGGAAGGAUCAGGAUGAUAAGGAUUGAUGAUUAAAGGUUCAUAUUUUUUCUUAACUUAAUUUGUUCUUCAUUUUGGAAUUUGAUAUUGUUUAGUGACUCAAUAUGUUGAUUUGAUCAAAGAAAUAUGUUAGGUGCAAACUUGAUCUUUGUGACAUGGAAUGAAUUUUAGGAGGUUUGUGUAUAUGUUGGUUGAUGUUUACAUCUUA